AUAACGGCCACACCAAGUUCUGAAACAUCUUCUAAUAGUGAUCUGGAUUCAAACAAACGGAUAAACACCUUUCGAGACGUUGAUCUAGAUGCUGACGAGCAUCCUCAUACUGGCUCUGAAAUCGUCAUUUCUACGUCUAGGAUCGAAACGACGGGGCAAGCAAAUGAAGAUGCAUCUGUCCAUUCAUUUGCAUCAACUGAGUUAAUGCGAGAUCAAGUGAUACAAAGGCCGUCUUCGCAAUCAACUAUGACUGCUUCAGGCAUUGGAGUCGAUACUGAAGAAACGGAAUUGGCGCAGUCAGAGGUGACUGGAGUUGUCUACCUGGCUCCACUACCGGAUGCUACUUUCUCUGGCCUCAAAGUUGCCCCAACUCGUCAUCCUAUUCACGCUUCUCCCUCUGAUCACCAGGAAGACGAGACGGCCCUCCGACAACCUAGUCUCAUCGAUUUGGCUGCAGCCAACUGUAAUCUCCUGCCCGCCAGCGCACUUGCUAGUCUAUCGCUUGGACUUCGUCAAUCACAGUCAGUCGGCGGCAAACACACUCGUUCUCCCACACCAAAUUCUGGUGGCUCUGACAUCCUCGUUAGUAGCAAUCUUAUAGGAAUGAUGGGACUUAAUACGGUGUCUGAAGCCAUCGCCACAACUGUUGGUUCCUCUGCUGCCUGCUCGUCUGCUAAGCGCCUUCGUCAGCAUCUAACAACGCCACAGAUGUCCGGAGGUGGCUCCUUGAUUGAGACCCAGUCAGCUGCUGACGAAACACCCCGGCACUUUCUCGAAGCUGACAUCGAACCAGGCCGGUUUACUUCAGGGCACCAUGGUCUCUCAAUAUCCGCUGUAUCCAGCUCUCGGGACCUCACCACCAUCACCGCUGCUGUCACUACGGCUGCCGCUACGUUUUGUGCGACACAACUCGUUGGCGAGUUCUCCAGUGGUCUGAAUGACCUUAGCAUAACUCAAGGAACUGCGGUGAAUGAGGCUUGUGUCCCUGCUUCUGUUGACGUUGGUCAUCGGGUUUUAUACAGAGGUGGCCUUUAUACAUCCAUUCAAGAAGCCGAACAGUUUAAGCCGAACAAAGCAGCUGUUGAGGAAAUCUGUCCACCAUGA